UUUGUGCUCCAACCUAUAUCAGUUUCUUGUUUAUAAUGCCACUUUGAUGGAGCGUACGUGUAACAAGUAUAAAGUAGAGUUCCCAUGGGAACUCACUACCUUUAACUGUCUUUUUCACUUAAACACAAAAUCAAAAACAUGAAGUUCUCAGGAAACACUUUUGUCGUCACUGGAGGUGCCAGUGGACUCGGUGAAGCUACCGUAAGAAAGAUCGUCGAGCAAGGCGGUAACGCAGUUAUCAUUGAUGUCAAUACGGAAAAUGCCAAGAAGCUUUCAGAGGAGCUCGGUGAAGACCGCGUUCUCGCCCCUGGACGAGUCGACGUGACCGACGAGGAUCAAGUUGACCAAGCUCUAGCAUUGGCAGUCGAGCGUUUUGGAACUUUGGGUGGUGCUAUCAUCUGCCAUGGCGUUAUUGGAGCCCCAACAUCCAUUCCUGGAUAUGGACCCAGCAACGGACUUACUAGCGUCCAGCAAGUAAAGUUUGUGAACAACAUCAACUUCAUUGGCGUAUACACUGUGGCUCAGAAGGUUUCUGAGAUUAUCAUCAAGCAAGAGACUGUUAACGACGAUGCUGAACGUGGUGUUAUCGUUAUGGUGUCUUCAUCUGCUGGAUUGGACGGAGUCCUCUUGGCAUAUGGCGUUGCAAAAGCUGGUGUUGCCGGACUCAUUCUUCCUAUGGCUCGUGAACUGGCACCUUUUGGCAUUCGCGUUAUGGGCAUUGCCCCAGGCGGCUUCAUGACUCCCAUGGCAAUUUCCACAGCUCAGCUUGGCGACGCCUUCGUUGCUCCAGGCUAUUCCCCUGGUUUCCCAAGAAGAGCUGGUGACCCUUCAGAGUUUGCCUUUAUGGUGUCCCAUAUUGUCGAGAAUCCUAUGCUUAACGGUCACGUAGUCCGCCUCGAUGCUGGUGUCAGACUUCACUGAAGUGGUACUGUCUGCAGAAAAAGCUUGAUUUGAUACCAAGGAUGUUAUGAAUUAUUUACGAUAGCGGUUUAUGCUAUUUCUAUAGCAAAUGUGUUUAAUUUCUAUAUUGAUUUAUAAAGGGUUUCAUUAUGUGAAAAUCGCGAAUA